AUGCCCAAUCUUCGCCUCAACAUCACCUGGGCUGCACCAGUCGCCAUCGACAAGCUUGGUGCCUGUGUCGAGGCGUAUGUCACCUCGCAGCCAGCUAUCAACACGCUUCGUCUAUGUAACCGCUAUGGCUCUGGCGAGAAUGCCGCUAUCAACAAGCUUCCAGUCGAGCUAGUGGAGCACAUCGAAGGCUACUACAUGGCAGACCGGCGGUCGCAGCUCCUGGCAGAGUGGAAGCUGGAGCUUGCCUGCUGGAAGGCCACUUGUAGUCCUCUCGAGCACCUGGACGACGAGGAUGAGAUCGAAAACAUCAUGGAGGAAUACAAGUGCAAUAUUGACCUGGAGUGCUAUAUGGAGAACAACGACGAGGAGAAUAUGGGAAUGCUCGAGGAGCAUCUGAUUGAAGAGCGCGACAUAGGUCCAGAGCCCCUACCACCAUACACAGGCGAAGACAGUUGGCGAACCGUUCACGUGGCGAGGAAAUUGAGCUGGGAGAAGAAGACUGGCUCUCCAGGUCACAGAGAAGUGAGCCAACUUGACAUGUACAAUACCGUGCUCAAGAAGCAUUUCGGUCUUGAAGUCUGGACCUCCCAUGUACAAAACAAAGUACAGUAUCCAAAUCGGUGGGACGACACCCCUGUUGGCCGCCACACGGUCGGCUAUUUGUGCCUCGCAGGUGGACACAGCAGCGACCACGACUUGAAGCUGGAAGAGAAGACAUUCGAUGAUCUCGAGUACAUGGACACUAUGCAGAUCCCCAGCGAGCAUAUGUCUGCUCAUGUAUUCAUGCGUGGCAAAGACGCGAUAAGCCUCCCCGCGGCCCGCUUCAUUCACGCAAUGAAAGUGCUCAACCUGAAGCCGACCAAGGGUCGACUCCGAGAAGACAAGCCUGCGAGCAUGCCAGCGCAAUCGCCUGGCAAGGAGAAAACAGCGGAGGUUCCACUGUGGCCGCGGGUGUUGGUACUGGCAUCUCAAGGCAGAAGCUUUUCCGAGUGCUGA